AUGCCUCUUCUCUUGUGUCUAGAGAAUCCUCUUCUUGAUGUCCAAGCCUUCGGGACUGAGGCACUUCUCUCCAAAUACGAUCUGAAGGCCAACGACGCCAUACUCGCAGAGGAGUCUCAUAAGUCUAUUUUUGAUGACCUCAUUAACAAUCACUCGGCGGAGACAACCGCAGGUGGCGGCGCUCAGAAUACCGCCAGAGGUGCCCAGUAUCUCCUUCCACCAGAUAGUGUUGUCUACAUAGGCUGUGUGGGACGUGACAGCUAUGCCGACACUCUACGGGCUUCAUGUAAACAGGCAGGAGUUCGGGCGGAAUACCUAGUGGACGAGACACAUCCGACAGGCCGCUGUGGUGUUGUCAUCACAGGUAAAAAUAGGAGCUUAUGCACAGACCUAGGCGCCGCAAACCACUACAAGCUGGAGCAUUUGCAGCAGCCAGCUAUAUGGGAGAUCGUGGAAUCGGCCCAAAUCUAUUUUGUUGGGGGGUAUCACCUAACCGUUUGCCCAGACGCAGCUCUAGCCCUGGCACAGGAGGCGGCAUCUAAGAACAAGGUUUUUGCAAUGUCGCUAUCUGCUCCGUUCAUUCCAAUCGCAUUCAAAGAUGCUUUGGAUCAGACUGAGCCAUACUGGGACUACAUUAUCGGGAAUGAAAGCGAAGCCCAAUCUUGGGCACAGGCCCAUAAUCUCGAGACUGACGAUAUCCCUACCAUCGCCGAGCACCUUGCAAACUUGCCCAAGGCCAACACCCAACGGCCACGCGUAGCCCUAAUUACACAAGGUUCUUCCCCUACAAUCUUCGCCAUUUCCGGCAUCCCUGGGUAUAAACAUAUUCCUGUCCGUAGCAUCUCAGGAACGGAGAUCAUCGACACUACCGGUGCUGGUGAUGCAUUUGCAGGAGCACUUCUCGCUGGAAUUGCAAAGGAAGAACCAUUGGAAACGGCUAUUGACAUGGGACAUUGGCUUGCUUACUUGGGAAUCCAGCAAAUGGGACCAAAUUAUCCGCUCCCAAAACAAUCUUACACCCCUGCCUGA